UUUGUUUUCCUAGAAUUUCUGCAGCCGUGCAGCUCUGGAAGCAUUGGGAUCGUGCCUCAACAAUAAGUAUUCAGAAGGCUAUCCUGGAAAAAGAUACUAUGGAGGAGCAGAGGUAGUUGACAAGAUUGAACUUCUUUGCCAGAAGCGUGCACUGGAGGCUUUUGACUUGGACCCUGCCCUAUGGGGAGUGAAUGUCCAGCCCUACUCAGGAUCACCAGCCAACUUUGCAGCCUACACAGCACUCCUGCAACCCCACGAGAGGAUAAUGGGCUUGGACCUUCCAGACGGUGGCCACCUCACUCAUGGAUACAUGACUGACGUCAAAAGAAUCUCUGCCACUUCUAUCUACUUUGAAUCAAUGCCGUAUAAAUUGAAUCCAGCUACAGGGCUUAUUGAUUAUGAUCAACUGGAAGUUAAUGUCCGCCUGUUCCGUCCACGACUGAUCAUUGCUGGUACUAGUGCUUACUCCCGCCUUAUCGAUUACUCUAGGAUGAAAAAGAUCUGUGAGGAUGUAAAAGCGUAUUUACUGGCUGACAUGGCUCACAUUAGUGGCUUGGUGGCAGCAAAAGCCAUUCCUUCACCUUUUGAACACUCUGAUAUUGUGACCACCACCACUCACAAGACUUUGCGAGGUGCCAGAGCUGGGAUGAUUUUUUAUCGUAAGGGAGUUCGGUCUGUGGAUAAGAAAACUGGCAAGCAGAUGUUGUAUGAUUUUGAAGAAAAAGUAAAUGCGGCUGUGUUCCCUUGUCUUCAAGGAGGCCCUCAUAACCACGCCAUUGCUGCAGUUGCAGUUGCUCUCAAACAGUCCAGUUCCCCAAUGUUUGUGGAAUACGCCCAGCAAGUACUGAAAAACUCAAAGGCCAUGGCGACGGCGCUGCUGCAGAGAGGCUAUACUUUGGUGUCAGGUGGGACAGACAAUCAUCUCGUGUUGGUAGAUCUAAGGCCAAAAGGAAUAGAUGGAGCAAGAGCUGAGCGGGUGCUUGAGCUGGUCUCUGUCACCGCUAACAAGAACACCUGUACAGGCGACAAAAGUGCUCUGACUCCAGGAGGACUAAGGUUAGGAGCACCAGCCCUGACAUCGAGACAGUUUAAAGAAGCAGACUUUGAGAAAGUAGUAGCGUUUAUAGAUGAAGGAAUCCAGAUCGGACUGGAUGUAAAGAAAAGAACAACUAAACUACAAGAGUUCAAAGAUUUUCUUCUUAAUGAUGCAGAAACCGUGGCAAAAGUGGCAGACCUGCGAAAGCGUGUGGAGAAAUUUGCCCGUGCAUUCCCUAUGCCAGGCUUCAAGGACCAUUAAAAUUUGAUGGACACAAAGAUGUGGAAAAGGAAGAGCAGCGGGUAGACCUAAACUGGGACUGGCCUUAAUUGUUGCUGUCUAUUUUCACAACCAUUUAUUCCAUUUUUUUUUUUUUUUUUUUUUUUUUUUUACAUUUCUUACAGUGUUUCCCAUUUAUGAAUCGUGACCCUUGCACCUGGAAGAACUUGCUUAUUUACCAUUAUCACAUUACCAGAAAAAUUGUGUGAUAUUGGAGGAGUUAACCCAUUGUUUCAUAAGACAAUGCUUAAUUGCCAGUGCAUUUACCUUUGACCACCAUCUCUUGUUAUUGCCUGAGGGCUGUGUAUUAGUUACACAGCUUUUAAGUCCGGUUCUGUUUUUAUACUUUUCCAGCAUUAACUGCCUUGUUGAACUUCUUACUUUGUAAUUGUUUAUAUUCCCAUUUCAUUACUAUCUGGUCUGUUUGCAUUUUCUCAGAACUGUUCAGUCUUCCUCACACUGGGUUGAGAAUUGUUCUUUUUCUGGUUCAUGUACUGCCACCCCAAAUGAGAUUGUUUGAAUAGGGCUGGCAUGGAAAGGUAGAAGUAAGAUAUGGCCAUGAGACUUUUGGUAUGUAACUGUCUACAUAUGUGACUUUUUUGUGUUGCUUAUCACAAAGGCUGUAUGUGUACUGUACAGUGAAAUGUAUGAAAGUAUGCUUGUACUGCAGAAAGUAGUGAUUAAUGGAGAGUAGAAUUAGAAAUGUCAUGGUGGCCAUCUGAUUCUACAGUUUUAUGUUGUAUUUUUUUUUCUGGGCAACAUUCUCUCCAUGCUUCAUGCAACAAGAAAGGCACUCUUGGUUAAGCCCCCCUUCCAAAAAGAAAUGCCUCAUAGUAUUAGCCUCAAGCACUUAUUUAAUAUAAUUCCAUUUCUGACAUUUACCUUUUUAAGGGUUUUAUCGGCCUAAAGAACUGCUGUGCAUGUAAUAUUCUGCAUUCAUUAAAUACUGUUCUCAUACUGACAUUUAUCUAUCAUUUGACAGUCUAAUUUGAAAAGCACUGCCUCACUAUCACUGAUGGCCUGUUUUGCUCAUUAAAUAUUAUUCUAUUGCUGACAUUUCACUACUUUGGGAGGAUCUCAUUUUAAAGGCACUCCACUCCAGGCAUUAUAUUCAGUGCUCAUUAAAUGCAAUUCCUUACUGGCAUUUCUAUGCAUCAUGUUCUAAUAGCAAGAUUCUACUUCAGACAUAUGGAUGACUAUAGGAACUGUAACAUUAUAAGCAAGUCUGUUAAUGGCAAAACACCAUGUGCUUUUCUAAUUAUCUGCGAAUUUGGGGGUGAAAAUGUCAGUUUUAUUUUGUGAUUGUAUCUUGUAAUAUCCGUAGUAAUAACACACACAUCAUCUCUGCAAUAAAAUAAACAUAAUUUAAUUUUUUAGAAAGUAAUUUGAAAGGAGAUAAAACAUUUGAAUUAUUAAAAAAAAUAUAACUGUACCCAAGGAUAGGUUGCUGUUGUUAUUCUGCCAUUGAGUGCAUAAGGUACUUCGUUGCAAUGUGUACCUUCUGAGUCAUGUUGGGAUAUAUUGCAUUAGGCUGGUGAUAUCAGGAUUAGUUCUGUGCAACCAUUUGUGAAUGAAGUGCAAGACUGCAUUAUGAAACUGCAGAUGUUCGCAUAUUUUUUUUUGCAAGUAAAACAUUUGUCAGGGUCACAUGAAAUCUGUGCUGCAGUAAGUUAUAAAAACUAACAGACAUCCGUUUGUAUAUUUUAUUGUUCACUGUUGUAUUAGUUGCUUUGUUUUCUUCAUCUCCUGUUAAGUAUACAGCAAGUACAAUUUCUUUUGUGUAAAAAUGAAUUAAAACAAAUUAGGCAGCCAAUGAAAAUUUAGUCUUUAAAAAUCCUCAGUAAUGACUAGGGCAUGUGAAUGCAGCUUUCCUGUACCUGCUUUCGUAGCUGUUCUCAAGUUCCCUAAUGUGUGAUAUACAAACCUCCUGUGGUACACUGUUGUGUCUCUACGCCAGAUCUGUGGGAUACUUGCAACCCAAGAGCCAUAGUUAUUAAUAGCAGGUGUCUUUUCACUUCUUGACUUCUCAUACCCAGUAUGCGUAACGCAAAGUCUGCUUUUGGUAACCGACUUUUGCAUAUCUGAUAUUUGGAAAGGUAAAUCUAUGUCUGCAGAGUAUAACAGCAGUCCAGCACUGCACAACAGUACCUGUGUUGGUCUAGCUUAUUGAAAAUGCAGCGGCCCAGGCCUGUUUCAGGGGCUGUCCAACUAAGUCUGGAAAUGUUUUUCACAUAAAGCAUUAUUAUUGUUUGUUUUGUAUGGAUUAAAGUAAAUGCAGAGA